CAAAAAUAAAGCAAAAGAUAUUCUUAAUCAAUAUAAUUAUUUGGAAAUUGAAAUGCAAUUAUGUUAUCCUCAUUAUUUAAGCGUCGUCGAACCUGAUCACCAUAAAAAAAAUAAGUCAUCUACUAACAGCACAUAUAUCACCGAAUCUUCUAAUCAUAAGAAUAAUGAUGCUUUACCGACUAAUAAUACGCCCGAUAUCGUAGUCCCUAAACUGUUAUCUUUUGCGGGGAUACGAAAUAAGUUUGUAAAUAGCUACUCUUUAGAAAUUGGAUUAUACCUUGCAGCAUCUGGUGCUUCAUGUGAUGCAAUUGAUAUGAUGCACAAAGCCGGCCUUUCAGUUUGUUACAAAACUGUUGAAAACUAUAGAAAAAAAUUAGCAAAUAUGCAUUCAAAAAAUAUCCAGGAGUAUUUUGCUGACAAGUCAAAACCCUAUAACCAUACAAAUACAUUGGCUUAUGAUAGUCUUGAAAAUAUUAUUCAACAGGCGUGUGUUCUAG